AUGGCCAGCCCGCACGCGCCGGGACUCGACGAGCACCACCACCACGCCCACCACUUCUUCCUUGCGCCACCCAACGUCACCACCGUCUCCUUCACCCACACUCUCUCGCACCCCGCCGACGCCGGCUACCCGCCCUCGCUCACGGCCCUCGCAGCGGCGACGACGCUGGCCACGCUUGCAGACGGCCGCCCGCCCGCUAGCUACGAGGACUAUGAAGACGACGACGAUGACGACCAUAGCGGGGGUAUAUCGAUAACACCCGCCGACCUGCACGAGUACACGGCCGCCAGCGCCAUGGCCGACACACACAUGACCGACACACACAUGACCGAGCAGGAUGUGGCCGAGCAGCAGCAGUCUCUCAUGGCCGAGUCUCCAUUCGAGCCGGCAACCGAAUCCGAGCUCCCACUACCACCAGUCCCCUCCUAUCACAUACCCAGCAUACAGGCGCCCUUCCCCCAACCCUCUUCGGGUUACACGUCCAGCUCAGACUCUAUCCAGGAGCCGCUAACUCCCAUAGUCGAGGACCACUUCUCCAUCGAGGACGGCGCAGCUUUCGUCCCCAUCGCCUCCUUCUUCCACCGCAUAGCACCCGCAAAGCCCGCGGUGCCCGGCCUCGAUCUCCUCGAGAGGCCGCCAUCCAUCACUCGGGACCAGCUGCAGGGCGACAGCCUUGACCCACAGGGAAUUGACUGGUUUAUACGCAACAUCACCCGCUCCCAUGUUCGCGCGAAGCGGGCCGCAUACCAAUCUGCGCAACUGUCUCCGAGCCCUCACCAGACACCAAAGGUUUGUGUUGACGUGGCAUGCCAACCUGCACAGCUAACACACUACAAGGCAACUCGUAUAUCCAACUCUGACAAUUUUUUCCAAUUCAGAAGAUAUAACGCUAUUCCGGAGAAGGAGCGCGCCACAUCCCCUCAUUUCCAGCUGCGUAAUGUACUCACAGCUACAUCUUGGAACGACAUUUAUUACACGUGUGAAAAUCAAGUCAUCCGAACCGACGCCGAAGGCACUGUGCGCGAAAAGAUCAUCGACUUCAGCAAUCGACUUUCAGCACAGGCCUCCAUCACAACCAUUGCGAGCAUUGGCAACGUCCUCAUUGCCGGUACCUUCGAUGGCGAAUACGCCAUCGCUGACCUGUCAUCUGCCCAUGACAGUUCAUGCACUUUUGGGCGCACCUCUGACCUGAACCUGGAAACUAGGUCGAGAAUCGUCAACCACAUGCACCUGUGCGAAUCACGGUCUACAUAUACUCCUCAGGCUGUCCUCUGCUCUAACGACUACCACAUGCGGGUUCUCGAUUGUGCGACUAAUCAAUUCACACAUUCUUACCUUUACCCGGCAGCCGUCAACUGCUCGGCUACCAGUCCGAACGGCCGUAUGCGUGUUGUGGUGGGUGAUUUCAAGGAAACGCUCAUCACCAACGCCGAGACAGGCCAGCCGUUCGAGAUUCUCCACGGGCAUAACGAAGACGCCUUUGCCUGUGCCUGGGCGGACGACGGCAUCCACGUGGCCACUGCAGCUCAGGAUUCGUCCAUAACUGUAUGGGAUGCUCGGAACUGGGCCACGCCUAUCAAGAACAUUGCUAGCCAAUUGAGCAUCCCCCGCUCUCUUCGCUUUUCGCCCGUCGGCUCUGGUCCGCGCGUCCUCGUCGCCGCCGAAGCAGAUGACUAUAUCAACGUCAUCAACGCGCAGACGUUUGAGUCCAAGCAGGUCUUUGACUUCUUCGGCCCCAUUGCUGGCAUCUCAUUUACCCCAGACGGACAGUCCCUCUUCAUCGCGAACGGUGAAAAGAAAUUCGGUGGCAUAAUCGAGCUGGACCGCACAGGCUGGGCGGAACGAACCGCACAAUACAAAAACUUCCAAGACCCGGAUUGGGACGACUUGAUGACCGACUGGGCCUACGACGACGGCUUCAGCAGCCACGAUCGCGCCGUGUGCGGCGACACGGAGCGCGAGAGACGCUGCGUCGACUUUGGUGGCCUGGUCGUAUGA